AGGUAGUCUAUCAGGCUUAUUCGUGUUUUUUUUUGCCAUAAUUUCUGGCUGAUCGUCUUUAAAAAAAAUCGGAUAUCAUUUAAUCUACUGAGCGAACCAGCAGUUCUGCUCCGAACCUUUGUCGUCUUGGUUUGAAGCGUCCUUGGGCGGCAGGUGGCGAUCUGCGUGCACAGGAGUCUGCGGACGACGAGAUGCUGCAAUGCAAUUGUCCCUCACCUCCCUCUGCAUUGCUCAGCCCUGCAAACCCCUCGGGAGACAAUUAGUUCACAUUCCAGACAUGCCGCACGGGUGCGCAACUCGUGGCGGGAGCAUCUCCCGUUUGUCAGAUUGACUUAAAUAAAAAGUCGAAACCAUCACCAACUCGAGGGGGGAGGGGGGUUUACUGGUUUCAGUGAAAAGGCUGCGGGAGAAAGACGGGCGUGGCUCUGACAACGCUCGGUGCUGGGAGGCGGCGCAAACCCGAGCCGUGACUCUCCGCGCCGCCACGAUACCUACCUGCCGCCCGCCGGCCGAACUUUCGAUGACGCCACGAGCGGAGCAGGUCAGCUGACUGGGCCUCGCGCUCGCGAGUGUCGCGGGGCGUCACUUCGGUGUGCGGCGGCCCGCCUGCGCCAAGCCCAGCGUCAACCGAAAGUGGGUUUUAAAUCGGGGACUGAGAGUCGAGCCCCUUCCCCGCCUCCCCCUUAGUCCGGGUCAACGGCUGCUACCUUCUUCAGGAAUUGGCACACUUCCCUCCUGGUUCUGAAAUCGCCGCCCACCCCACCCCGGGAGUGAAGCCAGCAGCGGCCUGGAGUUGGACUUGUGUCCCAGGCAGACCACUCCCCUCCCCUCCCCAGCUGCCUGCUGGCGGCCGCUGAGAUUGACCUGGGAGCAGAAGAAAUUGAAGGUUUUGUUCGCGUAGUGGGAUUUUACGGAAACCUCUCCGAAAAUGAUGCCGAUGAUAUUGACUGUUUACUUGAGCAACAAUGAGCAAGGCUUUGCAGAAGUUCCCAUAACCCCAGAAACAACAUGUCGAGAUGUAGUUGAAUUUUGCAAAGAACCUGGUGAGAUUGGUUGCCACUUGGCUGAGGUGUGGCGAGGGAAUGAGCGUGCUAUACCUUCGGAUCAUAUGAUGUAUGAACAUCUGCAGAAAUGGGGGCCUCGUAGAGAAGAAGUGAAGUUCUUUCUGCGACAUGAGGAUUCACCCAAUGAGAGUAGUGAACAAAGUGGACAUCAGUCUCAAGAUCAGUUAAACAGAUGGAAUGGAAUAAACCUAUCUGCAGAGCGCUUUGAAAAUGGGGGUGGUAAUCCUCGGGUAGAGAUGACCCUUUCAGAGCUGCAAGAAAUGGCUUCAAGACAGCAACAUCAGAUUGAGGCCCAGCAACAGAUGUUAGUCGCCAAGGAGCAGCGUUUACGUUAUCUGAAACAACAAGAAAGGCGCCAGCAGCAGUCCAUUUCAGAAAGUGACAAAUUACAAAAACUGAAAGAACGAAUGGAGAGCCAGGAAGCAAAGCUGAAGAAGAUACGAGCUAUGCGAGGACAGGUGGACUACAGUAAAAUUAUAAAUGGCAAUCUUUCAGCUGAAAUUGAGCACAUUAAUACUAUGUUUCAUGAGAAGCAGCGGGAAUUACAGUCAGCUGUAUUGAAAGUUGAUCAACUGACCCAGCAACUCGAUGACCUGAGGAAAGGGAAAACAAAUGGGUUGCAUUCUUACAAUGGUCAAGUGCCAGGUCCUGCUGCACUUGAAUUAAAGAAGCUAUAUCAGGAGCUGCAGAUUCGUAAUAAACUUAAUCAAGAACAAAAUAUAAAACUUCAGCAUCAAAAGGAGCUGCUUAACAAACGUAACAUGGAAGUGACUAUGAUGGACAAAAGGAUUAAUGAACUUCGUGAACGCUUGUGGAAGAAGAAAACUGAUGCACGUCAAAAAGAAAACAUCCCUCUAAGUCAGGUUAAUGGCACACAGUCAUCCCAGGCUCACUCUAAUACCUCGGGGCGUGUAGCUGCUGUGGGACCGUACAUCCAAAUAUCUACUGGAACUAGACCAGAAGGUAAUCAGUCAUCACCUGUAGAGAUGUUGAAACCUCAGACUCUGACUGUAACUAGCAAUGUUGGCCAUCCCAUAACAAGAGGAAAAUCUGAAACAAAUGGGAGUUUGAAAAAAUAUCCAGGCAUUUGGAAAGUUUCUGAUUUAGACUCCAUAGUGGAUCCUGUUUUAUUUUCUUCUACUGACUCUCUAAAAUCUCAAGAUCAUAGUGUGAUGAUCCAUUUGGCAGCUUCUGUUCCUGACAAACUAUAUUCUAAUGAUGGAAACUGGCCAACACUCCCACCAGGAUCUGUUACCACAGGGAAACUACCUCCAACAGCAAAAAAUGACUGGAAGGAAUCCAACAUGGAUACAGUUUUGAAGCCAGGAAUUGGGUCAAAUCAGGCCCUGUGCACAACGUCAGCUGUACCAAGCAAUGAGAAAAUGGUGGGUGUUGAAACAGGAAGAGUGCCCCCAGCUGCGCCUAAUGCAGUAAAACAACUGCCACAAUCUUAUGGACCUCACCCAAAAUCUCUUUUGGCUAUUGGCUCUACAAAUUCAUUGGAAAGGAUGAAAGAUACCACUCAGCCUCGACCUAGUAUGGGUUCAGUUUCUAACAUAACUACAGAAAACUGGCAAAGGCCUACCCAGCCUCCACCUCCUGUAAGCACAUUUCAGGCUGGUGCCUCACAACAAAUUCAGCAGAGAAUUACUGUACCUCCAAGUCCUACUUAUCAGUCAAUUGGUUCACCAUUGUUCCCUACUGGAGAUAACAGACCUGAUCCACCACUAGCAGUAGCUGUAAGACCAUUCUUGGCUGAUAAAGGCUCUAGACCUCAGUCUCCACGAAAAGGGCCUCAAACUGUGAAUUCCAGUUCAAUUUAUUCAAUGUACCUUCAACAAGCUACACCGCCAAAGAACUAUCAGCAGGCUGCAUAUAAUACCUUAAACAAAACGCAUACUGUUAAAGCAAUGUAUGGGAAACCAGUAUUGCCAUCUGGAUCUGGAUCUGGAUCUGGUUCUGCUUCACCAUCUCCAUUGCCUUUUGCUCAUCCCCAGCCUAUCCACAGUUCCCAUCUUCCAGCAACUGAUGAAAUCCAAACGAAUGGAAAAGACCCAGAACCUGAGAACUUGCCAAGCACCAACUCAAAUGUUGAAAACAUCCCACGUCCUCUCAGUCCUACAAAGCUAUUGCCUAUUGUGCACUCACCAUUGCGUUAUCAGAGUGACGCUGACCUGGAAGUUCUAAGGAAAAAACUGGCUCAUGCACCAAGACCGCUAAAGAAACGCAGUUCAAUAACUGAGCCAGAAGGCCCUAGUGGACCAAAUAUUCAGAAAUUGUUGUAUCAACGUUUUAACACGCUAGCGGGGGGUAUGGAUAACACGCCAUUUUACCUCCCCAGUAACUCUCAAGACUUUGUAGGUGCUUUAGCAGAUGUUGAUAAUGGUAACACCAGCCUAGUGGAGUCUGGUUCAGUCCAGCCUGAACCAAUAACUCAACUUGAAAAUCAACCAUCAUCAGAUGCCAAUGAUAAUCAGUUGCCUUCUCCACCACAUUCUGAAUUAAUUCAGACAGAUGACAAUGACAUCCCUGCUACAGUGGAGGACAAUAAUAAUAAUCCCGCUGUUGUUCAAACAGAGCAACUACCAAGCCCUAUAGUAGAGGCCGUAUCACCAGGGGAAGAUGUUCCUCCACCACCUGCUGUCCCACCACCACCACCUACUAAACGCACAAACUUAAAAAAGCCUGAUUCAGAGAGAACAGGAUGUGGAAUGAGGGUAAAAUUUGAUCCUCUUGCUUUACUGCUAGAUGCUUCUUUAGAAGGAGAAUUUGAUCUUGUGCAACGCAUCAUUUAUGAGGUUAAUGAUCCCAGCAGACCUAAUGAUGAAGGGAUUACACCAUUGCAUAAUGCAGUUUGUGCUGGUCAUCAUCACAUUGUGAAAUUCCUUGUUGAUUUUGGUGUAAAUACAAAUGCAGCAGAUAGUGAUGGAUGGACACCAUUGCACUGUGCUGCUUCAUGCAACAGUGUCCAACUCUGCAAGCUGCUUGUGGAAUCUGGUGCUGCUAUUUUUGCCACUACAAUCAGUGAUGUUGAAACAGCAGCAGAUAAAUGUGAGGAAAUGGAAGAAGGUUUUGUACAGUGCUCGCAGUUCCUUUAUGGAGUGCAAGAAAAAAUAGGUGUCAUGAACAAAGGCGUGGUUUAUGCUUUGUGGGAUUAUGAAGCCAAGAACAGUGAUGAAUUGUCAUUCCACGAAGGAGAUCCUCUGACAGUUGUGAGACACAAAGAUGAUGUUGAAACAGACUGGUGGUGGGCUCGUUUGAAUGAUAAAGAAGGCUAUGUUCCUCGCAAUCUGCUUGGGUUAUAUCCAAGAAUAAAGCCUCGACAACGAUCUCUGGCUUAAGAUUAUUCUUAGCUCUUCUGAUCAGAAUCUGGAGCAGACACAACACUCUUCAUAUUGGAGGUGUCCUCCAACCAGAGGAGAAAGUAGAUAUUUAUGUGCUGUGAUUUGGAUAUGCAGUAGUUUCCUUUAUGGUGCUUUUUCUUUGAACAAAGUCACAUUGCUACUUCUGAAGAACACCUACAUAUACAUGCCAGUGUGUGCAUAUUUGCACCAGAUGCCAAAGCUGGCAUGUGCAUGCACACAGCCCAUGUGCUGACACCCAUGGGCACACAGUAAUGAGGUGACCUCAUAGUUGGCAAGAAAGAGAAAUGUUUUGUACAAGUUUGGUUUCAGAGAGGAAUUUAAUUUAUAGAAUGGCUGUGUGUGUGUGUGUGGACUCAGAUUUAAUUUGGUUUUGUGAUGAUACAACUGUGCAAGGAUUUUGGAAUGUAUGCUUAAACAUGAAGGAAAAUUUAAUGCUACAAUUGAGAUGAAUAGUGGUUUUUGCAAGAUGUGUACUGCCAGAAUUGUUGAGAUAAAUGAAGUGUAUGUGAUUAAUGGAAAGGUGGAUGUGAGAAAAGCACGAGAAUGUUGAAAUCCAUUAACCUGUGUUGUCAAUGGAAAUGAUGCAAUAACUUUCCCCACGUUUUGUUGCAGAACACUACAGCACUUGUAAUAAGUAUUCAAAUAUUUCUAUAUUAAAGAGCCUUAUUUUUUCCAAUAAUAAUUUCUUUGAAAUUUUAGCAGCAAUGAGCUUAACAAUCUUUGGCCUGAAUACCAUGUUUCAGAUUUCAUCAUUUAAGUUCUGUUAACUGAGCACUGUAGUAUUGAAUGUAAAUAUUGUGAUGUACAAGAUUUUAACAGUGGGCUAUUAUGUAUGUGACAACUAAUUUUUUCAUAGUUGAUAGUAAUGCACUGCUUAACAAAUGUUAUGUAAACAUACACAAUAAAAUACAAUGGCAUGAA